UCCCCAUAUAAAACGGACGGAAGAUAACAGGUCUCCAGUUCUUGUGACAUUGCCACACUAAACUGUUGUGUUUUUAUAACCCGGAAAAUUUCCGAACGUGAUACUUUUAAGCUUUAACGGAUUGAUAUUUGACAAUGACCACGUACACAGAUAAGGGAAAGAAGCCUGAAAAUGGGAAGUUCCUGGCGUUCGACCAUCUUACCUUUUGGGUGUCUAAUGCCAAACAGGCCGCCAGUUACUACGUGACGAGGUUCGGGUUCGAGCCGCUGGCUUUCAAGGGCUUGGAGACUGGGUCCAGGAAACUGUCUUCGGUUGCUGUCAGAUUAAAUAAGAUCGUAUUCGUUCUCCAAUCCCAAUACGAGCCCGAAGACUCCCUGCUAUCAAACGAGGUGGCUUACCACGGCGACUUCGUGAAGGACGUCGCCUUCCAAGUUGAGAACCUGGAAUACAUCUUGUCGUACGCCAAGAAACAGGGAGCUGUCGUUGUGAAAAACCUCUGGGAGGAACGCGAUGAAUUUGGUGUGGUCAGGAUGGCCGUGUUGAAGACAUAUGGCGACAACACACACACUUUGGUAGAUCGAACUAACUACAAAGGGCCAUUCUUGCCUGGAUACCAACUGUUACAGCAGGAUCCUAUAAACAAAUUCUUGCCUAAAGUGGAGAUAAACUUCAUUGAUCACGUAGUCGGCAACCAGCCUGACAACGGUAUGGAAACGGCCGCGUCGUGGUAUGAGCGGUGCUUGCAGUUCCACAGGUUCUGGUCAGUAGACGACAAGCAGGUGUGCACAGAGUACUCCGCCCUCCGCUCUGUCGUGAUGGCCAAUUGGGAGGAAACAGUGAAGAUGCCCAUCAACGAACCGGCCGCUGGGAAGAAGAAGAGUCAGAUUCAAGAGUAUGUGGAGUACCAUGGGGGCGCUGGUGUGCAGCAUAUAGCUAUUAAUACGGAGGAUAUUAUUACUGCGAUCACAAACCUACGCGCUCGAGGCGUCGAGUUCCUCUCCAUCCCUUCAAAAUACUACAAGCUCAUUCGCCAGCAGCUAGCGCACAGCAAAGUUAAAGUAGCCGAGAGCAUAGACAUCCUGGAGAAGCUGAACAUCCUGAUAGACUAUGAUGAUGAUGGAUACCUGCUGCAGAUCUUCACGAAGAACACGCAGGACAGACCGACCUUGUUUUUGGAGGUUAUACAGAGGAGGAAUCACAAUGGUUUUGGCGCCGGAAACUUCAAGACCCUAUUCGAAUCGCUCGAGUUAGAACAAGAGAAACGAGGGAACCUGUAAUAGGAAUAGGUAUAAUCUUAAAAUUAGUUAUAUAAGUACAAGGUCAACCACCGUAAGUCGUCAGGCCGGAUAAAUAGCUUGAUAAAUGCAAAUAGCGUGUUCUACGCAAUUAAAUAUUAAAUAAUAUUUAGACAGUCAUUUGGAGUGUUAGAACACAAUUAUUUAAGAUUUAUAAAAUCUGUUUGGAAGGAAAAGCAACGCCCUUUUGUAUAAAGCAGAGGGUCAUUUUUACUAAUGAGUUCAUCAGCUGACUACUUAGGUUAGUGAUAUUUAACUGGGUCGAUUGUAAAAUGCAGGGGUGACUAUUCAGCAGCAUUUUUAUGUAGCAAAUACAAAACGACUAUUUAUUACGACAUAUAAUAAAUACGUAAUUCCGCUACGAGGGUCUAAAUAAAUUCAUUUCCUUGUAAAAUCACCCCGUUUUACGGUAGGUAGUAACUAAAUAUUUUUUGUAAGAAAUUGCCAUAUUUGUGUGUAAAAU